AAGAGACAAAAAAAACAAAAGAGAGAAAAAAAAUUAUAUUUGUGGUGCAACAGACUUUUUUUUUAUUAUUGCUGCUGAUACAAGUGGCAACAGGUUAUUAAAAGACUAAAAAACUAAAGGAAUAAGACAAAAUUUGCGGACACUUGAGAAGUAAUCGAAAUAUCUCAUGAAGAUAAAAAUCUGAUACAUAAUUUAAUAAUCAAAGAAAACAGAGUGUUUUUUAAAUUUUGAGUUUAAACUGGAAACCGGCUUUAAAAAAAACUAAUGUUUUGAACAAGGGUGAAAUUUUCCAAGUGUGUGAUGAAAGACUAAAUGAAAAUUUGGAUAGUUUAUAAAACAAGACUUUUUCUUCCUUAAAAGUCAAUUCUGAAAUAGUGCCAAAUAAGUGAGGAAGAUCGUAAAGUGGAACGAGAGAGGUUGCUUGGUUACGAACAUGGACCAGUUUCCAAAGGAAUAUUAUGACCAGCUGUAAUGCACCAAGUUUCUGAACAGACUUUUCACCUCAUUUUAAAUUCGUACCCUUGGAUCAGCAACUCCAGCCCGACCCCGUAAAAUCCAACCUCAUCCCCCAGCAAAGUAAACCUCAAUCCGUGAGCAAAGAAGAAUCUCGACGCAACAUCUCGCCAAAGUGCAUCUCUCUCCAAAAAGUUUUCAAAGAACUCUCAAGUUCGACCCAACUCUACUUCUCGUACCUGCAAUAACAAAUAUUGGCUUGGAACUAAUUCGAGCAUGAAGCCUAAAACCUAUAGAAACUCAAGCACUGAUUGGUCUACCCUAACAUGGAUUCGAAAACUUCCCUACGAACACGAAAAUGAAAAUAAAAAUAAAAAUGAAAAUAAUAAUGCAAAUGAAAAUCAUAUUCGACUCCUAUCUUCCACCAAAGCUAACUUAAUUACCUUCAAUAGUUGCAAUAAGAUUAAUAAAUAAACUGCCAACCUGGCCUCGAUAAUCUAGCUCAUUAGGUCAUCAAGAUUUUAGAAAAGAAUGCGACUUAAAAACUUAGCUCGAAAUCCUUGAGAGGAUAAAAUCAAAUAUCCGAUCCUUCCAGCAAAAAAAUGGAAUUCAUCAAAAAUGUGAUCGGCUGAAAUGUAUCUGGUAAUGCGAUCUGAUAAAAUGUAUCUAGGAAAAUGAAUCUGGUAAAAUGGAAGUCAACAAUACCAUUUUCGACCCCACCUUCGAAACUAUAAUGACCACCACAAAAUACAGCCUAGACCCAAGUGAAGAUAAAACCCAGGAAAACCAUCUCGAUCUUGUGAUCUUAAUCAGCAAAGCAACACUGAUGGGAUUUAUAGUCUUGUGUGCUCUGUUUGGAAAUUUAUUGGUCAUUGUCUCAGUGAUGCGACACAGAAAAUUGAGAGUUAUCACCAACUACUUUGUGGUCUCUCUAGCAUUGGCUGACAUGUUGGUAGCAAUUUUUGCGAUGACUUUCAACGCCAGUGUCGAAAUUUCCGGAAGAUGGUUGUUUGGCUACUUCAUGUGUGAUGUCUGGAACUCUCUGGAUGUAUUUUUUAGCACAGUGUCGAUUCUUCAUCUGUGUUGCAUCAGUGUUGACAGAUACUAUGCAAUUGUUCAACCUCUGGAUUAUCCACUAAUCAUGACAAAUAUGAGGCUGGGAACUAUGUUAAGUGUUGUUUGGUGCUCACCAACUGUGAUGAGCUUCCUGCCGAUUUUUGCGGGUUGGUACACUACGGACUCACAUUUGAAUUGGAGGAAAUCGAACCCUAAUUUGUGUAGUUUUAGAGUUAAUAAGGUGUAUGCAGUGAUAAGUUCGAGUGUCAGUUUCUGGGUGCCUGGCAUGAUCAUGAUUGCAAUGUAUUACAAGAUCUAUAGAGAAGCUGACCGACAGGAGAGGAUGCUGUACAGGAGCAAGGUAGCUGCAGCUUUGCUGAAUAAACAUCUUCAAAUUAAUGGAAUAUCUGCAGGAUUGGCUGGAUUGCCACCUCCAGAACCUUUACCGGAAGAACCUCCAAUUACCAGCAGUAGUAAAAUGAAGAGAGAGAGAAAAGCGGCGAGAACUUUGGGAAUAAUCAUGUCUGCCUUCCUCGCUUGCUGGUUGCCGUUCUUCCUCUGGUACUUAAUAACAGCUUUGUGCGACAGCUGUGAAAGUGGUCAAAUCGUGACGGCAGUUGUUUUCUGGGUCGGAUAUCUAAACAGUGCCCUAAAUCCCCUGAUAUAUGCCUAUUUUAAUAGGGAAUUUCGAGCUGCUUUCAGGAAAACCCUGGAAAGCUGUUGCUCAAUUUUUGGGCCUGCUACAGAUUUAAGACAGAGAAAACAAGACUUAGUGCCCAGCAAUGCUUCCUCAGAAAUCCACGUGCAACGUGCAUAUUAA